AUGGAGUGUACACACUCUUCAAGUACAUUGUUGUCAUAUUCGAAUAAUUUAGGAAUUUGUUCAGAUCAAAUGAUGACAAAUUCACAUCACUGUAUGAAGAUCGAGCCGAGUUUUCCCGUAGAAAUGGAAAGAACUCCAAUGAAAGAAUUCAGUAACAUAGAAUCAAAUACACUAGUUGAGAAUGUUGUUCAAAAUUAUGAGUAUCAUAAUCCUACCGUAUGCAGCAAUUCAUUGAUUCCUGAUAAUUUCUCAAACUAUACCAUUAGGAAUGAUUGUACCGCUUGUCAAUUACCUGGAUGUACAUACUAUUCUCAGAAUCACAUGAUAACAAACUAUCCUUACACCCCAUCCCAAAACUAUUUAAAUGAAUACAACUACUCACCUGGACAUGCAAACAAUAUCCAAUAUCCGUUCAGUUGCCAUCAAACUUGUAACUAUUAUCCGUCAUAUUCACCUAUUCGAAACCAAGAAGGGAUUUUCUCUCUCAAAGUUGAAUCUACUGAUAGUGAUACUGAGAACAAAUGUUUUUCAACCAAAAAUGAAGAUAAGAUGAAGAAAAAGUAUGGAUGUACAUUUCCUGGCUGUGAGAAAAGAUAUCUAAAGGCAAGUCAUUUAAAAGCUCAUUAUCGAAUUCAUACUGGUGAACGUCCAUUAGUGUGUGUAUUUCCUUAUUCACGUAAAAUAACCGGGAAAAUUCCGAUUAAUUCAUUGACUUUACCAAUAUGUGGCGAAACAUUUGCUCGCUCAGAUGAAUUAACUCGACAUUUAAGAAAGCAUUUAAAUUUACGACCAUUUAAAUGUAAUUUAUGCUCAAAAACAUUUAGUCGAUCUGAUCAUUGCAAAACACAUUUACGUACUCAUAUCAACAAUCUCGAUAAAACAACUCAUUCACAUCCCAAUAAUCAUUCUCUUACAUCAAACUAUAAUAAUAGUAAUGAAAUGAACAACAAUUGUAUUCAUCCUACAAUACAUUUUACAUCACCAGACGAAGUGCAUAAGAAUUCUUUCAUUAAUCCUUUACCAACAAUGGCAUCGUCAUCAUAUCUCCCAUUUCUGAUCAAUACAGAAUAUCCACAUUUAUCGUCAUCAAGAUCGAAUUCAUUAUCUUUAGCUUCCUCUUCCAUACAUUCUUCAUUAUAA